AAAAUCAUUGCAUAUCUGGAAAGUGUGGGAAGGUCUUGGAUCAAGACAACCAGUACAUUGUCCAUGAACACAUGAAUAUUCAAGAGAAGUCUUCUACAUGGAACAAGCUUAGCAAUGUGAUUCAUGAAUCCCCCCAUUGUACACCUCACAAAUGUAGGGAAUGUGGCAAAUGCUUUACCCAAAAUUCCCAUCUUAGUAUUCAUCAGAAAAUUCAUACAGGAGAGAAACCUCACAAAUGUAAUGAAUGUGACAAAUGCUUUACUUACAAAUCCCAACUUAAUAUUCAUCAGAAAAUUCAUACAAGAGAGAAACCUUACAAAUGCAGUGAAUGUGACAAAGGCUUUACUGACAAAGGCCAUCUGAGAAUUCAUCAGAAAAUUCAUACAGGAGAGAAACCUUACAAAUGUAGUGAAUGUGACAAAUGCUUUACCCACAAAUUCAAUUUGAGAACUCAUCAGAGAAUUCACACUGGAGAGAAACCUUACAAAUGUAGUGAAUGUGACAAAAGCUUUAUUAACAGAGUUAGUCUGAGAAUUCAUCAGAGAAUUCAUACAGGAGAGAAACCUUACAAAUGUAUUCAAUGUGACAAAUGCUUUACUGGCAAAGGCAAUCUGCGAAUUCAUCAGAGAAUUCAUACAGGAGAGAAACCUUACAAAUGUUGUGAAUGUGACAAAUGCUUUACCCAAAAGUCCCAUCUUAGUACUCAUCAGAGAAUUCAUACAGGAGAGGAACCUUACAAAUGUAGUGAAUGUGACAAAUGCUUUUCUGAAAAAGGCAGUCUGAGAAUUCAUCAGAGAAUUCAUAUAGGAGAGAAACCUCACAAAUGUAGNGAAUGUGACAAAUGCUUUACCCGAAAAUCCCAUCUUAAUUUUCAUCAGAAAAUUCAUACAGGAGACCAAACUUACAAAUGUAGUGAAUGUGACAAAUGCUUUACCCAAAAAUGCCAUCUUAUUAUUCAUCAGAAAAUUCAUACAGGAGAGAAACCUUACAAAUGUAGUGAAUGUGACAAAUGCUUUACCCGAAAAUCCCAUCUUAGUAUUCAUCAGAGAAUUCAUNCAGGAGAGAAACCUUACAAAUGUAAUGAUUGUGACAAAUGUUUUACUGAAAAAUGCAAUAUGAGAAUUCAUCAGAGAAUUCAUACAGGAGAGAAACCUUACAAAUGUAGUGAAUGUGACAAAUGCUUUACCCAAAAAUCCCAUCUUAAUAAUCAUCAGAAAAUUCACACAGGAGAGAAACCUUACAAAUGCAGCGAAGGUGAGAAAUGUUUUACUGAAAAGGGCAGUCUGAGAAUUCAUCAGAGAAUUCAUACAGGAGAGAAACUUUAAAAAUAGUUUGUAUGUGACAAAUACAAUACUCACAAUGUCAGUCUGAGAGGUCAUCAGUUAUUUCAUACAGUAGAGAAUCUUCAUAAAUGAAGUGAAUGAGACAAUCUUUUACCUAGAUAUAUCAUCUUAAAAUUCAUUAGAGAACACUUACAGAAGAGAAACUUGAUAUAAUGAGGAUGUGAAUUCUUUACUACUGGCCUAUCUCCUAGAAUGUAUCACUGAAUACUUACAGGCUAGAAACUUAACACAUGCAUUGUAUGAAGAAAAUCCUUUGACUUCAUUUCAUGUCAGAGAGUAUGUCUAAGAACAUUUUAGGGGAAAAUAUUUCUGUUAGAAAAAUGUAGCAUAUGUUUUAUUCACAGUUUAUUCUUCACAACACUUGAACCUCCACACUAGAAAAUCAGUAUGAUUAUGAAAAUCUUGUGAAAAAUUUCAUGCAAUGUUCAAAUCUUAGAUAAUGUCAACUAUGUUGGGAGAAACUGAAAAUGUAGAAAGCUUUUCAUUACACCUUUUUACUUGUUCACCCUCAAAUGUUGCAAGAUGAAGACAAGUUGGCA